UUUUGAGCCUUAAAAAUGUUGCAUCUUGCUCUAAUGUGACUCGUUGAAACUCUCGCAGCUCUCUCCCCGAGCCGAGCUCAGUCUUCUCUCUCCUAGCUAGGCGCUAAUCUCUCUGUGAAACCUAACCUUGUGAUUGUAACCAUAACAGCUGCUCUCUCUGAUUAUAAGGAAGCUGAUCCGAAAUAGUGUUGGUAAGGCUCGGAUGAUGAUGAUGAUUUUGACUGGGUCGGGUUUCGAUUUCUUUUUUAUCUAAUACAAUCCUUGUCGGGAGCCUAUGCCAAAUCAAGAACUUCGAGGUGCUGUCAAACACAGGUUUGCAGGCUCCAUCAACAUUUUAGACAAGUUAUAAAAAACAAUGCUUUCCAGUAUAAGAAGCUAGAUCAUCCACCUUCUCAGGGGGCGAGAACUGCAAGAUUCUAGUUGUCAAACAGCAUAUGGGCACGAGGAAUUGGCAGAAAGUGCUCGCUCUCUGCUCACACACAGUCGUCUAACGAGAAGGAAGGGCACACCCAGUUGGAGUGUUCACCUCUUCUUCUUCUUCUCACUCUCAGAACCAGAACCAGCUCGCUUUGUAUGAGGGCCUAAAAGCAGAAAGGCAAUAGAGCGAGAGAUAAAUGUCACUUUGUCUCUCUAUCCCUAACAAUAAGCAUUCCAGCUCAGGCCUUUCUUCUUCUUGGGUGGCCACCAAAGCAGACAAAUCUUUUCUCUCUCUCCUCUUGAAAACCCACUUUGACCGCCGCUCCUCUGUCCUCUCCUUCCUGCGCCGAGCCCAAAAUCACCCCUCUUUCCUCCUCACCAAAUGCCUUCUCCUCCACAUCCUUUCCCACUUCCGCCUCUUCUCUCAGGCCCAUGCCGUUGCCGUCUCCCUCCUCAACUCCCACGAAACCCGCCCCAUCUCCUCCUCCUCCUCUUUCGUCAUCCUCCUCUUUGAAUCCCUCAGAAAAACCCACUCCCUCUUUCGGCCCUCCUCCUCAUCCUCUGCCGCUUUUGAUGCACUCAUCAGAUCCUAUGCCGACUGCAACAUGCCCCACGAGGCCCUCUCGACCCUCUGUCUCUCUCAGUCAGAGGGUUUCAUGCCCGGCGUUCUCGCAUACAAUUGCGUCAUCCAUUGCCUCUUCAAAUCUCACAAACCCAAGUUGGCUUCCGAUGUCUAUGCGGAGAUGCUCCGCUCCUCUGUCUCCCCCAAUAUCUACUCGUACAAUAUCCUCAUCUCUGGUCUCUGCUCUACUGGGAAUCUUGAUGGAGCCUUGGCCCUGUUCAAGGACAUGGAGGCUAGAGGCUGUUCCCCUAAUCUUGUCACCUAUAACACCCUCAUCGAUGCCUAUGCCAAGUCUGGUCGAGCCCAUGAAGCCCUGCGCUUGCUGGAAUCCAUCCCCCUCAGGCCCAAUUUGGUGACCUUCAAUUCGGUUGUGAAUGCAUUUUGCCGGGAGCGGAGAUUGAAGGAGGCGGAGGCGGUGCUCGAUAAGGUGAGGUUGGCUGGCUUGGUCCCUGAUAGUAUAACUUACAACACGCUAGUGCAUGGGUGGUGUUUGGAAGGAAAUGUGCACCGUGCCCUUGCCCUGCACUCGGAUAUGGCAGCGGGAGAUGGGUUGGUGCCCAAUGUGGUUACAUACACCUCUCUCAUCUCCGCAGUCUGUAAAAGCGGGAAUCUCCGCAAGGCCGUGGAGCUCCUUGAUAAGAUGAGAGAGAGGGGGCUCAGGCCUAAUGGGGUGACCUACACAGCACUUAUUGAUGGCUUUUGCAAGCAGGGGAAUAUUGAAGAAGCCUACUCUCUCUUACUUGAAAUGACAAAUAGUGGGUUCUCACCUUGUGUAAUCACCUACAAUGCGCUCAUCAAUGGCCUGUGCAGAGAGGGGAGAAUGGCUGAGGCCCUCGACAUCCUCUCGAUCCAUAUGCCCGAGAAAGGUAUCACCCCUGAUAUCGUAACAUACUGCACAAUGAUCACUGGUUAUUGUAAAAUUGGGGAUUUGGACACAGCUUUCUGUCUCUUCCAUGAGUCAAUGGGCAAGGGUAUGCCACCUGAUGCCGUGACAUAUUCAUCCCUUAUUCGAGGGCUCUGCGAGGAAAGGAGGCUGAGUGAUGCCCACAAUUUGUUUGAGCAAAUGGUUAAUAAUCGCAUGGGCGUAGCGGGUGGCCUGCGUCCUGAUUGCUUCACAUACACGAUACUUAUUGAUGCGUAUUGCAAGGAAGGAGAAGUGGGUCGCGCUCUCAACCUUCACGACGAGAUGGUUAAGAGGGGCAUUCUCCCUGAUGUCGUGACCUACAGCGUGCUCAUCAACGGGCUUGCGAAGAAAGCUAGGACAAAAGAGGCCAAGCAACUCUUGUUCAGAAUGUUUCAUGAUGGCUCAAUACCACCUGAAAUCACCUAUGAUCAAUUAAUGGGUCGAUGGAGUGAUGGGGAUAGUGGGGUUGCACUCAUGAAAGGUUUCUGUAUGAAAGGGUUGAUGAGUGAGGCUGAUAGGGUGUAUAGGUCGAUGGUAGAGAAGAAUUGGAAGCCCACUGAAGCUGCUUAUAAUGCGAUGAUACAUGGGCAUAGUAGGGGAGGGAGUAUUUGGAAGGCUCUUGAGCUUUACAGGGAAAUGCGGGGUUCAUGCUAUAUCCCCAACAUUAUUAGUGUGAUAGCUUUGAUUAAGGGGCUCUCACAUGAGGGCCGGAGCAAGGAAGUGAGUGAAUUGGUCCAUGAGGUUCUGAGAGAUUGUUUGGUUCCUGAAGCUGAAUCUUCCAAAGUAGUUGUGGAGAUAAACCACAAAGAGGGAAAUGUUGAAGCAGUGAUUGAUGCCCUUGCUGAGAUGGCCAAGGAUGGUUUUCUUCCCACUAGUGGAGAAACUGGGUCGUCCAGAAGAUGAUGGUACCGACUUCUUCUUGUGCUUUUUAUUGGGCUUUGUAAGUGGAAAACUGUCCACUUGUGGUACUAACGUUCCUGACCAGGCACUUGUGCUAAACUUUGAAGUUUGAAGUUCUAGUAUGAAGCAAAAAAAUUCAUGGUAUGAGAGGUGGGGAAGUUGUCAGUUGGGCUUUGAAUUUGAUUACAAGCUAAUAUACACUUCUCUAGACUAGUAUUAAAUUGUAUCUACUAAUUCCCCAAGCCUAAAGGUUGCAUUUUCAAGCAGGCUACAAUUGGGCUGGGCUUCAAGGUUGUAUCAUGUUAACAUCCAGAUGUUUUUUUCCUGUAUAUGAGUUUUGAUUUGAUGGGCUGAGAGUUCCUACAGGAGAUUAACCAAAUUAAAGUUGAUCGAUUUCCGAGAGAAGACAGACAGAUAAGAAGAUUGGAAUCUGGUGUUUUGAUAUAUCUUCUAGUUAAGGCACUACCGUUACCACUAUUAUUGUAUUUUUAGUAUAAGAUUUCGUGCCUUCUCCAUAAUCCCCAUGUUUGGGAAGGAUUUUCAACUUCAGAGUAUGAUCCAGACAUGGUUCGUUGUAGCUGCUUUGGUUUCUUGAGGAAGCCGUCAUAAAACAUUGAAGCCUGCACAUGGAUUUGGUAUUCAUUUCUCUCAAGAAUAUUUGUUAACAGAUUAUACAGAGGAUGUGGAUGGUCUUUCCUAUAAAGUACGGGGCUGACUUUUCCCACUCGAGUGCCAGUGGAUUGCGGUGCCGUAAUGAUAACCCCGAAGAGACGUCCAUGACUGCUUUUCAAAUGGAAACUCCUAUCAAGGGUACCCACCAUGUUACUCAUACAAGGUAAGUUGCUGGGAAUAAAUUCAGAAGUCCUCUAUUCUGUAAAUUAUGGUUUUUGUUUAGUAAUUUUCAUUAUUCUAUCUGUAUGCCUAUGGAUAUAAUAUUUUUCAUUACCUUAUCCAUAUGAGCAAAUAAAAAACAUUACUCUUUCUGCAGGUUAUGGUAAUUUUUAUGCUUUUAUUCCAUGAAAUUUGCUUA